AUGUGUCUAGAUUUCAUCGCGGUUAUACCAAUCAGCGCCAACGAUGAGGUCGAUUUGGUAGAUGAACAGGUGGAACCUGACACUACAAUAGACGACAGACUUUAUCAAUUUCAGUUCUUCAAGCCUUGCCUUUCGAAAGACUUUCUCCAAUCUAUGCCCUUUUGCUUCAAUCCCAAGCUUGCCUUCCUUAAGCCGCAGCAUGUGGUCACCACAGUCUUUCUCGAGCAAUGUGCUUUUGAGCACUCACAACGAGGGUUUUCCAAACAACUGACCGAGUAUCGCAUCAGAUUCUCUGGAACGCUCAGCUAUGGUCUCUUCAACAUCUGUGAUGUGACUGAGCGAAAGGACUGGCUGUUAAAGAUGAAAAUGAGAGGCUGGAACAUGCCAGACUGCCCUGAAGACGUGAGAAGAUUCAUGUUCGUCCACAUGGUCGCUACGAUGGGAUGCGACCCCGUGGUGACAGAUAAGGAUAUGGACUGCCCCAAGAACUGGAAGGAGGUCCUCCACGGACGACAAAGAUACCCCAGCGAACCCGUCGGCCAUCGCUCGUACGGAAGGACGGUCUGCCUUCACUCCAUCGUUGUCAACCCUUGGCUUCAGGGCCUGGGCCUGGGCACCGCAGCCUUGAAGUCUUACGUUCAGCGCAUCCAUAGCCGUGGCCUUGCGGACCGCGUUGCUCUACUCUGCCGCAAGCAUGAGAUCAGGUUCUUUGCCAAGUGCGGAUUCAAGAACAUUGGCCGCAGCGAUACCACCUCUCUCCCCGGGCAAUACUACAACAUGAUAUUCGAUCUCCCUGAACGUGGAACACAUAUCGAAUGGAAAGGCAUUCGCGCAGACGCCGAGAAUCUGUAA